CCAUCUCCCUCCCAACCCUUGACAUUCCAGGUGUUUAUGUUUUUGGAGGUUAUCUACGUGGAACUUUGAAAAAUAUUGAACGAAACUAAGUGAAGUCGUCCAAAAAAAUGGCACCGUCACGUAAAUACAUUGACAACAUAUUAGCCCGCUUAAAUUUCCCCCUUUAUACGGUGCAAAUGUUAACCAACAGACACGUAAUCGUUGGUGGAGGCGGCGGAUCCUCAAAAACUGGAGUGGCAAAUGGUUUUGAAAUCUUUGAAUUAGCUCAUGACGGCACGAAAUUCCUAGCCGAGGAAAUCACACGACAUGAAACUGGACCUAGUGUUGUAAUGAACUGUGCGGCCUUUAGUGAUAAUAAACACUCGUUUUUGGUGGCGGGGCAAGAGAGCCAUUGCCAGUUGUACAACGUUGAGAGCGUUCUAGUCACUGAAGAUGAUAUUAUUGAAAAUAUCAGCCACAAUCAUGAACUGAAGCAACGGAAACCCAAAGCCAAGCAGAAGACGGACAACAACAAGAACUCAAAGAGGUUGAAGUUCAUGAUCAAGCCCUCGGACAGUGUGCAGACGGACUUUCAAGGGAAGGAGCCCCUGCUGAGGGUCACCAGGUUCCACCCCACUGGCAAAAUUCUAGCCACAGGGGGCACUGACGGUAUCGUGCGGCUGUGGAAGUUCCCGGCACUGCAACCGGCCCAUGUCCUCAAAGCCCACACUAAAGAAAUAGACGACUUGGACUUCAGCAUUUUUGAAAAUUACCUAAUUUCCAUCGCGAAAGAUGGCCAAGCGGUCCUUUGGGACUGUUCCAAAGGCAGACAGAUCCGCAAAUUGACGUGGAAACAGCCCGAAGGCUCAAAAUAUUUAUACAAGCGGGCACGAUUUGGCGUGAUAGAGGGCGAGGAGCGCAAAUCGGCCCUCUAUAUGUUGGCCAACCCCACAGGUCUAGCCAAGAAGCAAAAGUCCUACUUGCAGCAGUGGCUCCCUGACGAAGGUGUGAUUAAAAAAUCGGCAGAGUUUGAUGAAAGUCUGGCCGCUCUCGCGGUGAGAAACGACGGACGAUUUGUGGCUGUGGGGACGAUGUUUAGCGGUUCUGUUAUGAUUUACAUAGCUUUCAGCCUUCAGAGGGUAUUGCAUAUUCCUGGAGCACAUUCCAUGUUCGUGACGGGGCUGGAGUUCUUGCCAGUCUCGCAAAACCACACUGUUGCAAGUGUGGCAGAAGCGGCUGUGUUGUCGAUAUCUGUGGAUAACCACGUUUGUAUCCAUACUUUACCUUACAGACGUACUAUGCCGGCCUUGGUAGGAAUUUUGAUAUUAGUUUUAACGUUAUUCCUGACUUUUGUUUUUUGCUCCUACAUAGGUCUAUGAUUGUGUUAGGUAAUAAAUUAUUAAGUGAUGGUUUUGUACAAAUGUGGUUCGCAAAAUAAAGCAAUUUAUUGAA